UAGCUCUCUCCCCAGCAGAUGGCAGUGUCGUUCAGUGUCGCCCCAGGCACAGACGGCCGUACAGGGAGGCAGGCAGGAAAUGCUGAGGAGAUCCUCCUCUUCCUCGUCUCGUAGUUCGGGUCUGGUCAGUAAGUCACGUUUGUUACCAUUAGGGGUUCAGGAAGAAUGCUGCCUGCGUUACAGACGUGUCCCCGGCACCUGCUGGUGUGUGAGAAGUCCAGUUUCCUGGCGGAGAAGUCCCGGCAUGCCUCCCACGUGGAGACACACUACUAUAACUAUGCUGUAUCUAUUUUGUUACCAGAAUGUGGACAUUUACCAGUAAAAUUGAAGAAUGCAAUUGAUGGUUUGGGGAAUUAUUAUCUUGUAAAAGACUUACCAAUACAUGAGUUUAUAACGCAAGAAUUCAGAGAUACAUUUUUAAAAAAAGGUCUGUUUUAUGCACUUUCAUAUAACACAAGAAUUGAUCAGGAUAAUGUUGCAGCCCUGCUACCAACAGGAAAGCUUAUUAUAUCAGUGGAUAAAGAUACAUAUGAAGAACUAGGUUUGCAGGGCAAGCCAUCUUUGUAUUCUGGAAAAAAAACUAUGAGAUAUAUUGUUAAUCUAGAUCUGACAAAUGAGGCUCUCUCCCAGGAUGGCAAAAAAUUUCAGCGUGUGAGAUGGGCCUUUACUGAGAAGAAGCCUUUGAAGUUCGAUUUCCUCCUAGCAUGGGAUAACGCAGAAGCACCUACUAUAAAGACGUAUUUUUCAAAAUAUAUGGUCAAAGAAUGCCCAUUUAAGAUCAGUUCUGUUGUUUCCAAAGAUGUGCUUUGUCCUGUAUUGAAGAGUAAAGAAUUUCAUGGGAAAGAGGGGGAGUCUUGUAGUGCUAUGGAGAUUUUCGAGUGGCUGGGUGCUGUAAGCAAUAACAUCAAUUGCAACAAUCCGGCAUCCAGUUUCAUAUCAAGCUUUUGUUGCCCAGAUCCAAAUAUUUUGGUAGAGAGAGCUUAUGUAUGCACUAUUACUGGAUUCAUAACACCAGCAAAAAUAAUGCAGUUGUUACAGCAGCUACGAGAAUAUUUUGAUGAACUAAAAUUAAGUCAAUGGGCAUCCCUUAUGGUGAAUGGAUUUGCAGACAGUCCUGUAUCUUGGAAAGAAAGUGAACAUGGAUUUUUUAAAGGUGGUGAAAAUUUGUACAGUUUUAUUGUCUUUAACAAUGAAGACUACUGGCUACACAUGGCUGUUGGGACACACGAUGGCUGCCCACCAUAAUUAUCAUUUGUUGAUGGCAACUUUAACAUUGGUGCUUCUCUGUUUAAUCACUGCUGUCAGAUGAUUUGGAAUCCUACGUGAAAUUCAAGGGAGUUCUUUUAUUCAUCACAAAGACUGGAAACUUACAAUAUCAGAAUUGUAUGCAGCAUGAUCUGCUGUUGAAGCGGCCUGAACAUAGUUUCUGUUGCACUCUGUGAGUGUUGUGUGGGUGGAAUUCAGUCUAUGUAAAUAAUGUGGCGAGUUAAAGGAGUUGAGGAUAGACUGAAUGCGAACAUACAGAUAGGUCGAAAACAGUAAAAACCGAAUUUACACUUCAGAUUUAUGAUUGAAUUAUUUUAGAAAAUACAUAAUUUUUGUAACAAAAUUGCGACUACAGAUUUGUGUGUAACCCUGAAAAUAAAGGGUGCAUGUUUUGCACAUACUGUU